AUGCGCACAACGGACCAGCCGCUAGCCCCCAAGAAUUGGUCCUCAUAUCUAGCAGCUCUUUCCUGGGACUCUGGGAAACUGAGAAGCAAACUUGAAUUUGGGAAUCCAGGUGCCUACGGUUCUGCUUCCGUAGACUGUGUUCUGGCACCUGCUGUGGGCCGGACGCCACCUCAGGACGAUAUCCUGAGGGAGAAGAGGAAGCUGUUCGUCAAUUCAGUAGGCAGAAGUACAAUUAAUGCCUUGCUAGAUGACCUGUUACAGGACAGAGUGAUACGCCUGGAAGAGGUGUACAAAGUAAAAGAUGAAAAUGCUACAGUCAUAGAUAAGGCUCGAGACUUGAUUGACCUUGUUGUUGGCAAAGGGGACUGUGCUUCUGAGAAAUUUAUCCAGUAUCUCCUUCAAGAAGACCCUGAAAUUGCAAGGAAGAUGGGGCUGUGCUAA